CGUACAGAUUUUUUACCGAGAACAUGUAAUUAAUUAUAUGGGCGCUUCCUUACUGAGUCCUUUCGGUACAGAUUUUUUACCGAACGCAUACACACCUCUCUGUAUCGACUGCUACCGAAUAACUCGACUCACCCUUCCGAAGUGACGGCAAUAUAUCAAAUGACAAACACCAAAACGAUACCGCACCAACGAUACUGUACAAACAAAACAAAACGAUACCGCACCGAAACGGAGCCAGUCAAGAAGUGUUCUCAGUAAAGAAUCUGUACAGAUUCGGUACAGAAACGAUAACGAGACGAUACGAUGAGGAAGGCGCCUAAAGAAGGCAGAGACGAAGUUUGUGUGAACGCGAAGUGGCGGCUUUUUUUGUAUCAGGAGAUAUGCGUGACGCAUACCCCGCCGCUACGUAGGGCGACGAGGUUAUGUGGGACUCUUUAGCCCACCCAUUCAGCCAACCGUAAGGCUUGCUCAACGGCUGCUCGGGAUGGGGGGCCCUGCCCACUCAAAGUCUGGGAUGUGCCUUCUCCUUGCCGGUGACGACGAUGUUGUUGGGAAUCAACCAAGCCGAGCAGAGAAAUGUUUCUAUUGGUGGAGACAGACCGCCAGUGCUCACACACUCACGUGCACUUCAUUAAGCUUUGCCUCUAUGCCUUCUUUACUCAUUUGGUAUUAAUAAGUCAUCUGUUAUCUGAACAACGCGUAGCCGCGUCCGUCCGUCCGCCGCGUCGUCGGUCGUUCGCGAGCUCGACGUCAGUUGUGUAGUGAACACUUGAUUACUAAUAUCAUGUCUAUAGAUACGCUAGUCAUAUCCGUUAGAUAUGCAAUAAUAAAUAAUUUUUAUCAAAAUAUGUUUAUAUGAGAUGUAGUUACGAAAUAAAUAGUGUGUGUUAUGUUUUUUGAAACUGUAAGUGAAAAGUGAUUUUGAUUCUCAUCAGUUAUAAGUUCAAUAGUUUAGUUUUAAAUAGGUGAAUGAUGAGGAAAAUAGAGGUUUUCGUUUUGUAAUAUGUGUGCUGUUUUGGAAUAUGGGAUAUUAUUAUCUGUGAAACACUUGUGAAAAUGUAGACGCGAUAAGCAGAUUUAUUGACUGUUGCUUUCAAUAAUAAAUUAAAUAAAAGAAAUGCUGCGGCUAAGGAAAGUAGCUCAUCGUGCCUGUUUCUUCGUCAGUAGGACAGUUUAUAUGACAUGUUGCUGUGGCUGCUGCUCAGCUCUUCGUCCUCGGUACAAGCGGCUGGUGGACAACAUCUUCCCAGCGUCCCCCCAAGAUGGGUUGGUCAAGUCCAAUAUGGAGAAGCUCACGUUUUACUCGCUUUCCAGUCCAGAGAAGCUGGACAGGAUCGGCGAGUAUCUGUUCCAGAAAGCGUCCAGGGAUAUAUAUAGAAGGAGACAUGGAUUCGUGAUAAUAGCCAUGGAGGCGAUGGACCAGCUCCUGGUCGCGUGUCACGCGCAGACCCUAAACUUGUUCGUGGAGAGCUUCCUCAAGAUGGUGCAGAAACUGCUGGAGUCCACGGACCCUCAGUUGCAAAUACUGGCGACGCAGAGUUUCGUUCGUUUCGCGAACAUAGAAGAGGACACGCCAUCGUACCAUCGCCGCUACGAUUUCUUCGUAUCCAAGUUUUCCGCAAUGUGCCACAGCAACCACAGCGACGUCGUCGCCAGGGACAAAAUCAGACUGGCAGGCAUACAGGGGCUGCAGGGUGUAAUCAGGAAAACUGUAUCAGACGACCUGGUUGAAAAUAUAUGGGAAGCUCAACAUAUGGAUAAGAUUGUUCCCUCUUUGCUCUACAAUAUGCAGGCGGCCGAGAAGUACGAAACCGUGUCUUGCAUGGAGACGGACACUAGAGACGGGGCGGAGGACAGUCCGCCGCGUCUAGCCGAAGCCUGCUUGAGGGAGCUAGUGGGGCGCGCCUCGUUCGGGCACAUACGGAGCGUGCUUCGGCCCGUGCUCACGCAUUUCGAUCGCCACGAACUGUGGGUGCCUAACGAUUUCGCAGUGCACACAUUCAAGAUAAUCAUGUUUUCUAUUCAGGCUCAAUACUCGUACAGUGUUGUGGAAGCGUUGAUGCAACAUUUGGACGCGGGCGGUACGAGCGCGGGCCAACCGCGCGUUCGAGCCGCGCGCGCCGCCGUCCUGAGCAACAUCGUCGCUAUAGCGGCUGCCGACUCUGUGGGACCUUCGGUGUUGGAGAUAAUCAACAAUUUGUUGACAAACUUGAGAGCUUCCGUAGCGAGAGAUUCAGAGAAAGAAACCGACGAGAAACUAUACCAGGAUGCGCUUAUAAACGCGUUGGGUGAAUUUGCGGAUCAUUUACCCGAUUUCCAGAAGAUCGACAUCAUGAUGUUUAUCGUAAGCAAGGUGCCGAGCUCGCAGCGCGGCAAAGGGGCGCGGCCCGACGCCAUGCUGCAAACUAUAUUGUUGAAAUCGUUACUCAAAGUCGGCACCACCUACAGGACUACAGAGUUCAGCAAGGCUUUCCCCGCCGCCUUCCUCGAAGCGUUACUUCGCGUUUCAAGUGCUGGCGAGCCGGCUACUAGAGCUUUACUACAACGAAUCCUGCAUACGCUCCUUGACAGGAGGGGAAAUGCGCCUCAUCUCAUUGUGCCCACUGUUGAUUAUGCUGAGCUCGGCCUUGCAGUAGAGAAGUGUUCUCGACAGGACAUGAUCUUCAUCAGCAAGCACGGCUUCGCGAUAUACAGCUCUCUGUAUGAUGGAUUGCAAUUGGAAUCGAACACGCUCGAGAACGUAGAAGCUAUUUAUACGACCCUCGCGUUGCUGUGCAUCGAGCUGGCAUCAGAGGAGACACUGUGCGACAUAUUGCAGCUGAUUUUAGCGAUUCAACAAUCGGCUCUAUCCAACCCUGUUUUAAGCGUGGCUCAGCAAUGCCAGCUGCAAGCAUUGGUGGCGGCCCUGGCGGCUUUACUGCCCCACGUUAUGCCUUUGCCUCGGCUACAGGAAUACGUACGAAAGAUCAUCGAAGCCCGCGCCUCGGACGGCCCACAGUUGCUGCCUCCACUUCGCCGCGAGUAUCCGAACCUUGCACCGGCCGAUAUGCCCGCAAGCAUGCCGUUCCUCAUGUUCGAUCAAAUGGCGAUUUGCGAGUGCGUGAAAGCCAGUGGAUUGGAUGUGUCGAGACUUCAAGCGGCGGCGCCCUACGCUGGGGGCGCAGCCCUAGGCAUUGGUCCUCAUAGACACAGUUGGGUAGAAGCAGGUGCCGCUCAAGGGCGAGACAGUUUGGCCGAUAUCACGGGACCAGUCGCGGAAUUGGAUAGCGCUAACAGUUCACCGGGAGUGCAAAGGCAUCCAAUGCAAUCGGAAAGCGUAAGCCUGGAGGCUUUGAGGCGUGCAGCCACGGGCCCUACCGAAGCAGAGAGACGGGAAGCGGAAAGACGCAAGGCUACUUUAAACAACGCCUUCCGCACCGCCCCGUUCAACACCCUCCUCACUUUGACGCAACCUAAGUACGAGAUAAAAGACAAACUGGAGGAGAUCUUCAACUCCAUAUCGGAAGAACCGUUACUGCCCACAUCCGGUUCCUGCUCACCGGGCGGUAACACCAAAACGUAUUCGCAAAACGUACCACCGUACACAAAAUACUUCCCGGAGUUGUUCCUUUAUUAGUCAGCUCAACAUUGGACGCGGAAUGAAACGACACGAUAUUAUGUUAUUUAAGUUAUUAAAUGCUUCCUCUAUGACUGCUUAUUGCAUAAGUACGUUCGAAAUAGUUGGCGGUACACAGAAAGUUAAAGAAGUAACUUCCUUGCUCUCGAACUAAAUGGGUCAUAUAAAUUCCUUGUAUUAUUGGAAUUUUGCUCAAGCAAUUAUAGCCCUUAUUACUGCCAACUUCGAUUUUAAUUAAAUUAUUUAUCAAAAGUUAUUGACUUGCAGAUUAACUGUUUGUCUUUUAGUGCUUAAUUUUGUUGAAUACGUGAUUUGAAACAGAAAAAUGGAGAAUGAAUGAAAAAAAAGUUAUAUCUAGUAUAAAAUAAUAAUAAAAUAAAAACGGUUUUAUGCUAGAGAAACUUGUACCAUUUGUAUAAGUUGAUGCCCUGCUUUAACGAUUCUUAAAAGAAACAAAAUAGAAACUAAGAGACAAACAAUUAAUCAAAUAAACAUUCCUAAUAAAAUGUAUUUAUUUUGGGAAACCAAAAGUUCACUAUUAAGUAAGUGUAUUAUUAUUCUGCACCCACAGCGUAAAGCAUGUAUACUUUUAUUGUAUUUUAAACAAGUAACGUUUUAUACGUAAUUAUAAUUAUUCCAUAUUUAUUUUAUAAAAUCGUAAAUACCUAUUAAUUCUUCAAUAUUGUUUUAUAUUCUGUUUUACAUCGUCUUUAACUCUUUCAUCUUUCAAAUUAAUUCAAUUCGUUGUCGACCUUAUUGAAUCCGAAAAAUGCAUAAUCUCAUUUUAUUUUAAGGAUUUCAAGUGAAGUAAUAUGUUUUCAUAAUUUCGACAAUGUCCAGUAGAAUCGAGUUUUUUAGUUUAACCAGUAUCUAUUAUUAAUAUUACAUUUUUAUUUAAUUAAAGAAAUAAAGAAUCUCUGCUACGUUUUUAUUAGUGCUUCUAAGGGGGUGCUAAUUUAAUAGUUGUAUUUCCAUAAAUACACAAAUGAGACAGAACAUAACAUGAUUUUGAAUGGUUUAGAAAGUACAAUAAAGGCAAAAACGUAAACUCUAGCCUCAUCUAACUAGACUAGAACUAGAGAUACAGUAUCUCUUUUUUGUGUAUAGCGUUGUCCCGCUUGCUGGAUUGAGCAAGAUGGAUAGUGCGUAGAGGUCUUAAGGUUAUUAUUGAAAUAAAAUUAUAAAAUCAGCGCCUAAAUAUUAUUAUUUAUCUAAAUCUAACCAAUAUUUUUAUAGGUAGGUAUAAAAAUUUCUUUACCGAAUAAGAGUUGUUGAACUCGCAUGCAUUUACAUGAACCUUUAUUAUAUCAUAAUUUCGAGAGAACUGUAGUUACGCUGUUUAUUGUAAUAGAUGGCGCUUCCCAAUAAUAAUCAUAUUAAAAUAUAAUUAUGUAAUAAUGUCGUAUUUAGACGACGGCUAUCUAAAAUUCACACUCGGCUUUCAGCAAUUAUUUCAAAUUCUUUUACAACCAAGUGUAGAAAUAUAUGAUAGAUAAACAACUUUUGACAUAUGAUAUUCAAAUACUUUUGAUAAUUAUUUAACUACUUUUAUUGCAAUGACAAUAUAACAAUUUAUUGUGUCACAUUUUCUAAGUUUACACUUGACUGUACUACUGUGAUCGUAUCAUGAAAUCUCGAUACGAUUAAUUUGCGAAUAUUAAAGUUUUUCGAUUUUUUUAACAGCGACUUUUCGUUUCGCCUGCUUCUUUUGGGUCUUAUUAAAUUUCAAGGUCUAUGUGUAAACGGUUAGCGGAUUGUUCGGCUUAAAUCGAAUAAAUUCAAAGGUAGUUGACUAAAAUAUCACGAUAUUAUUAAUAAAUAUACCCCAAAUUUUAAGAUAAUGCAAAAUAUACCAAAUAUAUCCUGUUGAUAUUCAAAACUAAAAUUUACUGAAAUCGUUUUAGUGUAAUAUUGCUAUUAGAUGAUUUACUGUUAACUGUCAUAAAUGUGUUCAAUUCUCUUUUAGCGUUAGCAAUGUUCAAACUCAAUUAUGGGAAAAAUAUAUAAUAUUAUGAUAUAAAUUAAGUAAAUCUAAGCAAUAAACUUUGUUACACUCUAGUAAUGUUGAUUCAGAAGUAUAUUUUACAAUAUUGGACGGAUGGAAAGUGGAUCCAAUCACAACCAACAUCAACAUUUUAACCAUACUAGUCGUAUUUAUAAGGCAACUAUUUUGGCAUCAGUACUGCCUUUGUCGUGUUUUUUUUGUAGAAGGGAGCUUAUGGUAGCAUUUAAUUGUUACAACUCGCCCCAAUAAAGAUAUUUAUUAAUAAUAACCAUACCAAAUAAGGCUAUGCAACAUGCAUCUUUUAAGCAAACUGUAAGUUUUGUCAGUUGAUAUUUUAUAUUAUAGUUUUCAAAUUUAUAAUUUAUUCAAAUGUUGUUUUUUUUUUGCUUUAGUCACUAAUAAAUCAAAUUGGUUAUAAUAAAAAACCAAAUAAUAAAGUAAGUAUUAAAAAUUGCUCAUUAGUUUUAAAAAGUGCAUGUUGCUUAGACUAUUUUGAUGAGUAUAUUAAUAGAAACGCAAGAAGACAAUGUGUCCCUUUCGCAAAUUAUUUCUGACAGAAUGCGUGAGAGGAAUACAAUAUAUUGCGUUGUCCGCCGUGAUUCGUAUCUUUAUUGGCGCUGGUAAUGGAUUCCAUUUAUUUCUAUUGUUUACUGUUUACAUAGAGUUUUACAGGUAUAGCAUAAAGCAUUGAAGUAGGUAAUAGCUUUUCAAAAAUGAGACAUCAAUAUUUUCGCUUUUACCCAUACAGAGUAUUAGAGUUUCGGUUGUAUUGGAUCUGGUUUUCAUAGUUAUGUCCGCUUGCACAUUCAUAGGGAAUAUAUUACCAUAUUUAGAACGCAGCGUACACAUUUCAAAGUAUUCGCUCAUUUGCCCAAAUAUAAACUAUUCUAGCAAUGUUGAAUGUUAUUAAUAUUUUUAUUUAUGAAUUUCAUAAUGCUUCAAAUCAACACUUACGAGCUUUCUAGAAACCGUUAAUUAUACAUUAUUAUCUACUUUCUCUUUUCUCUUUAUUGAGCGGAAAUUGUAACGAUUAAUAUAUCUACAAAAUGUACAAUAAAUCGAUAUUAUAACAUUGAUGUUAUUGGAAUGUAUUUUCUCUAUUGUUUUUUAAUUUUAAUAUUAUUAAGGGAUAAAUAUGUGGAUGGUAAGGAAUAGUUGUUUUUGACAGAUUGUAAAGUCCAAUGUCUAAUGUGAAUAAAUAAAAUAAAUCAGGAAUGAACUGACAAAGUGCGAUUUAGAAUCGUGAACGAAGGGUUCCGUGCUUUCGCACGAGGUUAACAACAUUGUAUUUGCAAUACCGAUUUUUUUAAAUCGCGUAUAACAGGUGGCAACAGUUAAGGUAUGGAGGCCCCUUUAAUUUUUAUAUUUCAUCGCAAAUAAUAGGGAUGAUGACGGGGUAAAGUAAAGGAAAAUUAAUAUUUAGUCAGUCAUUUAGAUUAUCAAAAAGUAAUAGCCACUUAUUUUUUAUUCUGAUGCUUAUUUUAAAGUUGAGAGGGCUCGUGACGUCACUUCUUUGUACUUCAUUGUACUAAAACGACAUUUCAAAUCAAUAUACCCCUGUAAUGUGAAUAAAGAAAAAAUACGUGUCCAAUAUUUUUUACAUUAUCCCAUUGGCACGGAACCCUAAAAUGAACUCAUUGUGGUGUGAGUGUAAAAUGUUAAAUAUUAUUAAAUAAAAUGACCUUGCGAGAAUUACGUUUAUUAUGAUAAAAUCCUUCAUAUUUUCGGAUCGAACUUAGAAACGAUUCCAUCUGUCGAGGACAAAAUUGGGGAAAAAUAGUAUAAACUGAAGAAAAUUUUGUUAGAAAAAAAAACUAGAUUUAAAUAUCUAGCAGUUAAAUGCUCAAAAAAUAAAAUAUAUAACGAGUAUAAACUGUUUCUAGAAUUUACAUACUUUCAUAUUUUUCUCGGUUUAAUUGACUAUAAUGUAUUCAAAAUCACAGAGGUACUUUAAUUCGUGAUAAAUAUGUUUUAAUGAAUUUAAACGAUAUUUAGAUGAUCAAAAAAUAAAAAAAAUGCAUUCGAAAAAAAAUCACUCUUUUUUUAUGGACUUGGCCUUUACUGAUUUGUCAGCUUUAACUGGGAAUUGUGGUGGAAAAAUUAGCGGUGGUUGACCUAUUUGACUAGAGACGAGAUAUGAAAAUCAUAAUUGAAGUUCUGAUUCGUUAAGUAUCUAGAUAGUCGUGAUUAAUUUUACUGACAUAUAAACAAUUUACUUAUAUUAAUUAUAAGUACACAUAGUACAGCUACAUGUCAGCCCCCCCCUGGUUGGUGGCCCGUUGACAUUUAGUUAUUGUUUUUCUCUUGUGGGCCACAGCCUGCCCUGCUUGCAAGCAUAGAGCAACACGGAAGGGAGUAGUCAUGGCGAUAUUAAUACCAUUCAAAUCAUCAUGCCAUUUUUUGCAGCGGUAACAUGCAAAAAAAAACAAUUAAACGUACAUGCGUAAAACACACAAACAAUGACACAAUAUACCGCAAAAUUAUGCACACCUGUAUUACUUGUAUGCCCUUUUCGACAGAGGGGAAAGCCGUGUAUGCCUACUCCCCUUCCGGCAGCAUCGGCCGUGUUGAUUCAUGCCUGCAAAAAGUAGUAAACACAAUCACAACUUUAAUGCAGAACUUACACCAAACUUGUAUUUUAAAAUAAUCCUUAUAACGUUGUAAUAGGAGAUAUCAUUAAUUACGUGGCGAAUCAGAGCUUGUAUGUUUCCUCAUGUUUGUCUUCGUGGUUCAUUGUACUUAAUGUUAUGCGAUGCGAUCGUAUUUAGGUUGUGUUUAAACGCUAAUAAAUGUGGUUUGGGCAAUAAAUUGGAUUUUUAUUUUCAUCGUCUACUUUUGUUAUUUGGAAUUUCAAUUAAAAAGGUACAACUCGUGUCACUAAACAAAGGAAUCAAAACAGAAAAUAAUUG